AGCUCGGGCACUCGGGCAUUUUCAUCUUCCAAAAUAUAAGUAUUUUCGAUGCAUUUAACUCAAACACAUUUAUUAUUAUCCGAUUUACCCAUUUAUAUGGAUCAGGGCCAUGCGUCUAAUUCUCAUGUCCUUGAUCCUUUUACUAGGUCAAAUGAAUUAACCCUUCAUCAACCGUUACACGUUACAUCUCAUCACAACCACCCCCCCGAGGAUGAUGGAAUAUCGUUGGAUUCCAGGAGACUCCGCACUCAACAUACUGUUGAAGGUUAUCGGGAUGGGAUAACAUCUGGGAAAGUCGAAUGCAUUCAGGCCGGGUUUGAUGAAGGUUUUAACGUGGGGGCGUUCUUGGGACUCAAAGUUGGUCGGAUACUUGGUUUUAUGGAGGGCGUCUCCACUGCCUUGAAAGAAACCGGUCACCAAACUACACAUAUUGAUCACCUUGUAUCAGACGCAGCAAAAGACCUUAGCACACACUCGGUCUUUUCUGAAGACUACUGGGCGUCGGAUGGGGGCUGGAAAUAUUUAGUCAACGGAUCUACAAGCACUGGCGAGGUUCUGUUGGAGGAUGUUGCAAAUGAACAUCCUAUCAUCAUGAAGUGGGAGAAAAUUGUUAAUCAAGAGGCAAUGAAAUUGAGCUUAGAUGGAAACUUACCUAUUCUAUGUAGUGAUGCGUCUCAGCUGGAAGGGGAAGAAGCGCUAGCUAGAUCUCAAAGUCACCCACAGCCAGUCGUUGAUUGGUGAUCAUUGGCUGCUGGUAACUUAUAUGGCUCCUCGUACUUCCCCUUCAGCUAGCUAUCUUGUGCGAUGUAUCCCUCCUCUCCGAAAAAGGUAGCAAAUGAAUAGGAAAUCGGGUUCAGCCGCCCUUUAUUUUGAUCUCGUCAUAUUCCUCGCUUGCCUUCGCCAUCUCCUUGGUAAAGCGGAAACCAAACCCCAACCGAUCCAUAUCACGAGGCGGAACUAAGAGAGGACUCCCUUCGUGGGCUCUCACGGACUCGAACGGACUGAGUCUUAGACUUACUAGAUCCAUAGCUACUAGUCCUCCUAUCGAUUGUACUUCUGACGGCC